AUGCCGGUCUGCUCCCGACUCGCAGCCGCCGCCGCCGCGUCGGAUCCGCGUGCAGAACCCCCACGCGCCGGUGCGAGACUGAUCGUUGCGGUCGUGCCACUCGAGACUCCGUUUCGGGACUUGUACCCUGCAUCUAAAGUCAUACGCCCGAUAGCACUCCCCCUUGACGAAUCGACGAUCGUUCUCGAUAAUACGACGGAUCCACGAUUCUCGGCGUGGCGCUUGUCGGACGACCCAAGUCGUUUGCCCGUGUGCAAGAAGAUUGUGAUCUACAGGCUCGAACACGUCGUUGGGUGGGGAGGGAGCCUUCAUUUUCUUGUACGUAGCUGUAUACUUCGGACGAUGGAUCUUGGUUAACUAGCAUUUGCGAGGCUCUUGCAGAUCCGAGCGGCGACAUACAUACGCCGAGCGACUUGGGGCCGUCCUACUCGUCAAUAAUGACAAUUGGUGAGCUCGGUUCGAAGCCAAAUUUCUCGUGUACCUUCACCUCAUACACAAUACUCUGCGACCUGUUCUUUGCCAGGAUAUACGGACGGUACGAAUACUACUGUGAGCCUUACACCAUCGACUGCGUUCCUCCUUCCGGCUGGUACGACGAGACAUUGGCCAGCCGAAUUGGCUCCGAGGGAUGGGAACAAGCCGAUCGCAUCGUGAUGAACUUUGACGACUCCGAAGCUAUGGACAACUUGGAGCAGAAACUUUUCCUUGACGGUGAAAUCGAUGGACUGCGUCGAUUGUACGACCUCGAGUUUGGCGGUCGCACCCCUCCUUCAGUGCUGCCGGCGCCUGAAACGUUGCCACCACCGAUGAGCUCGUUCUAUGCGCAUGCCAAGACCGUUCAGCGUCUGUGGAAGCCUGUACCGGAAAUUUGGGCCGACAUCGAGAGGGUCAAGGCGAUGAUGGGGAUUGGAGGCGAGUACCCUACCAUCGCUGCCCAGGUCCGGCUGGGUGACAAAGUCAGGGAGUUCAAUGCCAGCAUAGACGUCGUUAACGUACAGAACAGUUUGUGAGUUUUCACUCAAUCGCUCCCGAUCGAGCCCAGGCUGAUUUCUUUGCUCAUCCACAGUGGGAAUCUGACUGCGCAUUUGGAGUUGAUGCACGAUUUGUAUGACCGCCUGGUCGACUCUCCUUCGAGUCCAAAGCCGUGGUACCCUCUUUCAUCCAAAGCCCGCCGCUUUCCCCGCAACAAGCAACCUCGCGCUAUUAUCAUGACGGCCGAAGACGACGUGUUAGACAAAAUGGCCAGCGAUCCCAUCGCAUCUCCCUCCCAAUACGAUCGUCCGCCCGCUUUGAAUGUGCCACAACCUGCCUCAUUCAAACAAGCGACUUUUAUCCAGAUGGGCAUGGAGUCACGCGUGGCGCAUACGCGCGGCCUCGUUAGGGACAUCUUCAUCAUGGCGAAAGAAGCGGACGCGGCGGUGCUGACGAUGGGGAGCAAUUUGGGUCGAUUGGCACUGCUGUGAGUAUCUUUCUACCGCAUGGUAUGGUCGCUCUUGCAUACUGACCCCUGAAGCUUGUCUGUUGAUCCUAAAAGGUUGGGCGGAGCGGACUCAGCGCUGGGACCAGUUGACUCAGAAGGCGAACAUGUCGGAGGUCGGAUGUGAGUCCUGCUUCAGGCUCGAUCCUAGCACAGCUCCAUGCUCGUCCAUUGUUUCCCUUUCAUCUGACUCCCUGCUGGAAUUCACAGGCGAGCACUCGAUGCCUGGUUCUUCUUCAAGCCCUGGGCGGUACAAAUGUGGGAAGCGAUUGGGAUCCAAGACGAUGGCCACCACCACAUGAUCCACCCCACGCGGGCCUGA